AUGGACAAGAAUGUGUUCGAAAAUCAGCUCAUCGCAAUGGCCGAGACGGUGAUGGGGUUCACAUCAAAAGGAGGCGAUGUAGGCCCGGCCCAGUACCAUCAAUUCUGGGCCGACUUGAGCACCAACCCGGUGCAGGUCUCGGACUACUUGACGUCGCUCAUCGUCAAGUUUGUAGCGGUGUCUACGGGCGAAGACAAGUCUUACAUCUUGGCGGAUCUGGUACGCAAGGUCGUGGGCAAGGAAUACGAGAACGCAUCCGAUCAAGCCCGUCUCACCUCUGAAUCUCUGGACAACCAACAAACGCUGCUGGGCACGAUUUACUUCAUCUCCCUGUUCUUCCCUUUCGAUGCCACGUCGGACCCGCUCAAGGUCGCCAUCGCCCGCUGGCUCAAGCUUCGCGGCCGCGGCGACGUCGUGCCGCCCAAGGGCAAAGCGGCUCUCGACAGCACCUUCGUUGACGAGUGUCUGCGCGCGCUGGCGCCGGGAUAUCUCGAAGCCAACGAGAGCGCCUUCUCGCUGAUCGCGCAAUGCUCGCACAUCCCCUUCCCUGAUGACUUCGUCGCCGAUUCGGCGCCCAUCGGGCUCCUCGCGUCGUGCCUGCUCAACACUUACCUGCGCAACUGCCUUCGCGAGGGUCGACAGACGCGCAUCCUCUUUGAUGGCGUCCUCACGUUGCUCAAGCAGUCCAAGACCAUGCGCGACGCCCAACUGCUGACGCUGCUGCACAUGCUCCGAGGCUUCGUCGUCGUCUCUCCGAAGCUAGAUCCGGAGAUACUGGAGAAUGCGAUCGAAGUGGUGAAGCAGUACUACCUGUGGCCCUGCCCCUAUGGCGACGUCGCCAAGGAGCUCCUGAAUCUCCUCUCCGUCGAACUCAAGUCGGCAGGCUCAGGCAUGCGAGAACUGUUCGUCGAGGAGAAUCCCGAGUUGGAGAAGGGCUACGUCCUCACUGGGAGGGAGCGCAUUGUGUACAUCAUCGCCGAUCAGAACAUCGAAAAGGCCAAGCGGCUGCGGACUCUGCUCCAGUCGUUCCCGCCGGAGGAAGUGAGCCCGUCGCAGAUCCAGAUGAAUCUGCUGGCCAGCAUUCUGGAGACCAACGCGAAUAUCGAUCCCGACCAGCUGCACCUCGAGUUCUGCACGCGGGAGGACACCGCCACGUUCUACCACACCGCCAUGGAGAUCCUCAACCAGGCCGUGAUGAUGAGCGAAAAGGAAGCGAUUGCGUUCCGCCAUCAAAAGUUGACUGCGCUGAAGGAUUACAUAGUCUCCCGGUCGACGGCGACGAGGCGAUCGUCUGUUGCCCUGCAGAGCAGUGCACGGACUUCCAGCCUGCCGCCGUUGCAGUUCGAGUUUAUGAUGAUCAACUCCUCCACUGAAGAGCCGCCCCUGAAUUACGAGACCCACUUCAAAUAUCCGCAUCGCAUGUCGAUGGACAUCCUCCUCAACAUCAUCAAGCUCCACCGACAGCCCCCCGACAACCCCAAACCGUGCGUGAUUAAGGUGGGAAUAGCGGGCGACGACCAGACCCUGCACUCCGUGGCGGGGAGCUACGUGGCCCUCAAAAUGACCAAGCCGCGCCUCUUCGAGAACCUCUCCUUCCAAUUUUACAUCAUUCCCCUCGACAUCGAGGGCCGAUCAUCCAAUUUUCCCCAUUUCCUGGCCAAACACGACGGCUGGUACGGCAGGCACGUCCUGUGUCUGGCGAACUACCUCCUGCGAGUGCUCCCCUCGGCCGGCGCGGCGGAGCCCAAGGCCGACGGCCGGGCCAAGAAGGCCACCUGGUCCGCCAUCGACUCGCCGAGCCCCAGCAUGCAGCUGAUCGCGCGGAGCUACGCGGGCAUCGGGCCGGCCGAGGUGGCGGCGGCGCUGGAGGGCGGCACCUCCGUGCGCGUGCCGCUCCGACCGCCCUGCCCGUCCCUCCUCCUGCGCGCCGAGCUCCAGAACUAUUUCCGAGAGGCCCGAAACCGUCUCGAGGUGAACCUUUAUCAAUGCGAGUGCUGGUGUGUGGGCGACACGGCCUACUUCACCGUGCCCUUCGCCCAGCGGGUCACCGUCGGCAUUCAGGCCUUUGCCAAAGCCUUCAUGGUAACGUCGAAUAACAUGACGGAGCGGAUGAGUGUGGAGGAGCUCCAGAGCAAGGUCAAGGGCUUCAAGUACGCGCCCUGCGCGCUGGGCCUCAAGUUCAUACAGAUGAGCGUCACCGGCGCCCCGAGGCAGGGCCCGCCCAUGAAAUACAGGCCGUACAACGAGAUCGUGGUGGCCAAUGUCCCGGCGCGAGGGGACCGCUUCACGCCAGCCCACCCUUCCAAGAACUGGCUCGAGAUGUACACUCAGAAGGCUGACUCGAAAAAGCGCAGCGCACGCUCGGCGAAGGAGCACACGUACCACAUCUCGGCGAUCGAGGUUGAACCCAAGGACAGGAGGAAGGACGAGUUCCACGUCCUUAUCGACGACGUCCUCUACGGUCCCUUCACCAAGAUCAAGAUUGGGCCGGUACUGAGCUCCAAAGAGCCGAUGGCUUGCCGCAGUCUGCCGGUGAUGACCUACUUCCCCCUGGACCUUUGA